UCGUCAAAGCGCAAGAUCCCCGUACGAUCUCCCUAUCGCGUGCAAGUGAGGUCGAAACAAGGUGCAGGGCUGAGCGCACCCGUGGAAUGCUGACUAACGCGCUCGCACCCAGCAAAACGAACCCCCAUUACAGCACACAGGUGACAUCCUGGAUGCCAGAGAUACUGCGUUCAAUCCCACCGCUUGUACUCCGUAGCAGCACAACGCUGAAAACUUGCUGCGAUAUGUCGCCGGGAAGAAGCCAGCUAUGACGUCACCGCAACCACACUUCACCCCGACCUCCCAGCGCGCUACAUAGCCCCGCGACCCCCACACACAACCCACCUUACUUAGAACACCCCCCGCCUUCCAUACUAUCCCAUCCUAUCCUUAAAUCCAUACAACAACCCCAUCCACCCUCUCAGUCAACAAUACCACCUCAUAAUACCCACCCACCAUGCCGUCCUCCCUAACAACCCAAGAAAACACCGCGGCCCAACGCACCCACGCCUCCACCUCCCAGGCCGCGCGCGCCACGGAGACGCAGGAGCACCACGCCAAGGCCAGCGCGUCGGGGGGUCUGAAUCUGAAUCUGUUCGGGGCGCUGUCGGGCGCGCUGUCGAGCGCAAGUCGGAAGACGACGGCGCGGGACGCCGAGGGGGGGGAGGUUAGUGUUGAGGAGCGGCAGGACGCGGCAUCAGCAUCCGCCAACGCCGGCGCCCGCGCCAACGCGCACGCUGCCGCGGCCGCCGAGCAAGGGAGCUCGAAGACGCGGGCGCUGGAAGCGGGACAGUCUGCGGCGGCGGGGAAAGCCGUGGGUGCGAGUACGCGAGUUGAUCAUUUGGGGCUUGAGGGGUGAGCUGGGAGAGGUUAGGGAAAUUGAAGAGAGGUUGGGAAGAGGUUGAGGGGAGGGGGAAAAGGUUAAGCAGAGAUUAUGAAGACAUCCAACCCCAGAACACCAUUAUGCAGUCCUAACACGCAACCCACACCCUACCACUCCCCUUCUACAUCUCCUAAUCCCCCAUAACCAGCUACCGACUCAGACUCACGCCUACACACCAUAGCAGACGAACUGCCACCAGCCCAC